AGAGGUGACGGCUUCCGGCAACUAAUGCCUCUCCCUGACACUGAUCGCCCCCUCCCUUUUCACUUUGCCCGGAGGCCAGUAUAAAAAAAUGGAACCUUGUUCAUGUGACACUUUUGUGGCAUUACCUCCAGCAACAGUGCAAAAUAGGAUUAUUUUUGGAAAAAAUUCAGAUAGACUCUGUGAUGAAGUACAAGAGGUAGUUUAUUUUCCUGCUGCAGUUCACGAUAACCUGAGAGGACAUCUUAAGUGUACUUACAUAGAAAUUGAUCAAGUCCCUGAAACAUAUGCUGUUGUUCUCAGUCGCCCAGCUUGGUUGUGGGGCGCAGAAAUGGGAGCCAAUGAACAUGGAGUUUGCAUUGGGAAUGAAGCUGUUUGGGGAAGAGAAGAAGUUUGUGAUGAAGAGGCGCUACUGGGCAUGGACCUUGUCAGACUUGGCCUUGAAAGAGCUGAUACAGCUGAAAAAGCUCUCGACGUCAUUGUUGAUUUAUUAGAAAAAUAUGGCCAGGGUGGAAAUUGUUCAGAGGAUGGUAUGGCAUUUAGCUAUCACAACAGUUUCCUGAUAGCUGAUAGGAAUGAAGCCUGGAUUCUGGAGACUGCAGGGAAGUACUGGGCAGCAGAAAAAGUACAAGAGGGAGUUCGUAAUAUUUCUAAUCAGCUUUCUAUAACGACCAAGAUUGAUCGGGAACACCCAGACAUGAGAAACUAUGCUAAGCGGAAAGGUUGGUGGGAUGGUAAAAAGGAGUUUGAUUUUGCGGCGACAUAUUCUUAUAUUGACACAACCAAGAUGACAAUUUCACCAGGAAGAUACUGUGAAGGCUACAAACUUCUGAAUAAACACAAAGGAAACAUAACUUUUGAAACAAUGAUGGAAAUUCUCCGAGAUAAACCAAGUGGCAUUAAUAUGGAGGGAGAAUUCCUGACCACUGCAAGCAUGGUUUCUAUUUUACCUCAAGAUUCCAACUUUCCUUGCAUUCACUUCUUUACUGGGACUCCUGAUCCUGAGAGAUCUGUUUUUAAGCCUUUCAUAUUUGUGCCAAAUAUUUCACAACUACUGGACACCAGUUCACCAACAUUUGAAUUUGAAGACCCAGUUAAAAAGAAGCCACAUUUUAAGACUAAACCUGACAGAAGACACCCACUCUACCAAGAGCAUCAACAGGCAUUGAAAGUAAUAGAUAACAAGGAGGAAAAAGCCAAAACAAUGUUGGAGAACAUGAGAAAACUGGAGAAAGAACUAUUCAAAGAGAUGGAAUCAAUCCUUCAAAACAAGCAUCUUGAUGUGGAUAAAAUUGUUAAUCUUUUUUCUCAGUGUACAAAAGAUGAAAUUCGAAUUUAUAAGUUAAAUACUAGUUCUUAAUUAUCAUCUAAAUGGUCAACAAUCUUCUUCAAAGUCAGAAUCAAUCAUCGUGGUAGAUGAUAUGAACCUAGUGUGAGCAGAUAUGAUUAUUGUUUAAUAGCUUUCAAGUGAUAGCUUGACUAUUAAAACUGCAUAUAAUUGCUGAAAUAUCAAGAACGAAAAUAACAUCGAAAUUAGACACAUAUAUUAUGGGAUAGCCAGUUGUUACAUCAGAUGCUGCUGAUUCCGCUCAUGCAAAUAACAGAACAUGUGUAGUAUGACUUGUUUACAAACACAACAAAUUUUCCACUUGAGUUUGAGUUGCCUGCAUGCAUGUGAGUUAAUAUCUCUAUUGCUGUAGCUAUAAAAGUCUACUGGCACAACAGUGAGGUUUUAUGCUAUCUCCUGAGCAUUGAGAGUUACAUUGUGGUCAUAUUUUUUUUAAAAAGUUCUGCAGCAAGACAGUUCUCCUGAAAAAUAUCCUCAUUCCCUAAUCAUAACUUAAAAUUGCUAUAGAUUAAUAUCACACACUAAUGUAUUUACAGGCAUACCUUGUUUUACUGAUUUUUGCUUUAUUAUACUUCGCAGAUACUGCAUUUUUUACAAAUUGAAGGUAAGAGCCUCCACCAGCAAAAAGGUUACAACUUGCUGAAGGCUCAGAUGAUGAUUAGCAUUUUAUAGCAAUAAAGUAUAUUUAAUUACGGUGUGUGCAUUGUUUCUCAGACAUAAUGCUGUUGCACACUUAACAGACUGUAGUAUAGGGUAAACAUAACUUUUAUAUGCGUUGGGAAACAAAACAUUUGUGUGACUCAGUUUAAUAUUUUCCUUAUUGUGGUGGUCUGAAACCAAACCCAUACUAUCUCCAAGGUAUGCCUGUACUUUUAAAUACAUUAGGCUUCCAUGCAGGUUUUUAAAAAGUACUUAUUAAAUGACUUAACCCUAUAAAUUAUUUUCUAAAUGAUUUUUAUAUAUGAGACACUGAAAGUAUGAGAUAAAUAAAUAUUUAAAACAUGUUUUAAAUAAGUUAAACCAAAACUGACACCUAGUAAGUAGAGGUUCAAAGAUCAUGUGCAUAGAUUUAUUUUUAAUUUACUGAAGGAACAUAAAGCUUAUCUGAGGGCAACACUUAGAAAUCUUCAAACUUAUUGAUUUUUAUACAUGGACACAAGAAAGACUAAAUUCUAAAUGUAAAAGUAGAAUGUUAGGCUUAGAAUUUGAAAAUCUUGGCUUGAAGUACAUAGUUUUUUUCUUCCUUUUAAUUACAAGGAAUAAGGUAACAGGGUUAGCCUUCCACACUGUGAUGCUUUGUGCAAACGCCAAAAAUGAUACAUCACAUGGCAAUAAUUUUGUUGAUAAAAUUUAAACAAAUCUCAAAUUAUUAUUUUUAGCAUAAAAGUAAAUAUUAAACUGUACUUCUGUUGAUGGAUUUUGUAGAUGAUAAGAUUUAUGGAAGUUCUUAUUGCUCUCCUAAUGGCACAGUUUAGUAUUAUGGAUA